UCCCUCCAUUCCCAUCACAACUUCAUCUAAUCCACCAACAACCUCAAUUCAUAUAUAUAACCACCAUUGUUCUUCUACUUCAAGCCUAUAGGGCAACUACAUUCGAAUUGUCGUCUCAAUACAACUACUACGCAUUUUUUUCUAACCUAUAGACAUAUAUAUAGUUCUUCGAUGGAUCGUGUUGGGAAGUUGGCGUCGCAAAAGGCAGUGGUGAUCUUCAGUAAGAGUUCCUGUUGCAUGAGCCAUGCCAUCAAGAGAUUGUUCUAUGAACAAGGGGUUAGUCCGGCAAUCCACGAGCUCGACGAGGACUCCAGAGGGAAAGAAAUGGAGUGGGCUCUGAUGAGGCUAGGGUGCAACCCCUCAGUUCCGGCCGUGUUCAUUGGGGGAAAAUUUGUGGGCUCUGCAAAUACUGUGAUGACCCUUCAUCUCAAUGGCUCACUUAAGAAAAUGCUGAAAGAAGCCGGAGCUAUAUGGCUUUAGUGGUAAUGGAGGAAGCUGGCUAGCCACCUAAUACUAAAGCCUAUAAUAAGGUUAAUCAACUUGUAUCAAAGCUCUCUUUUUUUGCCCUUUUUUUCCCUAUAUAACUGGCGGCUUGAGGAGUAUAUAGGUUGUAUCCUGAAACGAUCUAUAGAGUCUAUAAAUAUAAUUUAACGGUGUACUUAAAUAUUAUAGUAUUGAAACUGGAAUAAGAAUGACUUCUGCUUCCAUUGUGAAUCAA